AUGGCCUCUUUAGGAAAGCCUUUUACAUUUAGGCUACUGACCAUCGUUGUGAUCAUAGCAGCUGAAUAUAAAAGCACCCGAGCAGCGAAUCGAAUUCCACCAGGCAACACGUGGGCUGGACAACAAUGCGCCAAUGUUACCAGAUCCAUGUCUGUACUGGUGAAUACCAAGGCUGUCUUCUCCUGUUGUUCUCACCCAAUAAAGAAUUAUUUAAUGUUUACAUGGAAAAUAUGCCUCAGAGACAACACUCCCUGUAUCAUAGCCUACAGAAGCGACAGGAAUGAAACCAAGGAAACAAACUGCUCUGGUGAAGGAAUAACCUGGGAAAUCAGACCUGAAUGGAACAACACACUUUGGAUAGACUCAGUGACCACUGAUAAUGAUGGAUAUUACAAAUGUGUUGCUGUAGCAAAUGAUGGGAAUUUCCAAUCUAUCUAUCACCUCAGUGUGCUAGUGCCCCCUACAGUAACCCUGUCUGAGAUGGGGAAUGGGACUGUUGUGUGCAAGGCUGCUGUUGGGAAGCCAGCUGCCCAGAUCUCUUGGGUCCCAGAGGGAGACUGCUUCACUGUGAAUGAAACUUACAACAACGGGACAGUGACUGUGAAAAGCAUGUGUAUAAGGAAUCACUUCAAUGAAUCUAAUGUUACCUGUUUCAUUUCCCAUUUGACUGGGAACAAGAAUCUGUCCACAGAAUAUGGAACCCAGGACUUUGUGAUACCACAAAACUGGAAGUCAAAUGAGAUGCUGAUAGAGUAUCGUGAAGGAGUUGGUUUACAUUCAGACGCUUGUUUCAAGAUGGCAAGAGUCCUGUGACGCAUUGCUCGUGGACAAAUGUGGUUUUUAUGUAAAGGCAUAGAAGUGGCCUUUUUUGUUCAUAUCUAGUUUUGGGGGGCAAUAGAUUUUAGCCAGACUAGUCUGAGCCUGGCUGAGUCCCACACUGACAUUUACCCACACUCAGGCCCUAAGCCUUGUGUUCUACAGUAUGUGGUCUGCCGUUAAUCACAUACUACCACGGAAGUGGGGGUGUUGACAGUUCAAAGGUAGGUGCUGCAGAUUGGAUCCUUUUCAUCCCUCCAGCUUCAUGAUUUUGACCUAUACAAUUUCCCCUACAAAGUUACAGGCACAGACCUUUAGCAUAUACAUAUAUAUCUUUAGCUCACCACUCUGGUAUUUGUCCUUGCAAGUCUAUUAGUGCAUCCAGGGGUUCACCAAUUUGCAUCUGUUUGGAGAACCCUAGGAUGGAGACUUGAUGCUCAGCCCCUUUGCUUCCUAAGAGAAAGGGGAAGAGCAGGAGAAGUCUCAGUCUCUGGGAAGGGGCUGUUGACAGAGAGGGGGAAAAGAGCUUUUGAAGUCCAUUCCUGCUGCAUAGAUAUUGCAACAUCCGUCUCCAUCACAAACUCUGUGCCUCAACUGCAGGAUGAAGAUGAUGGACAGAGGUCCUGGGGACCAUCUGCCCCACCUUCCAGCGCUGCUGACAAACUUGUCCCAGUCACGUUGAGGGUGGGAAGUUAAAACUCUCAGUAGUGACCCUGGACUGAUGGAGACUCUGGCUAUGUGUGUUUGCUGACAAUAAGCCUGGUGGUAGUGCUGCUUGCCUUCCCUCUCGUGCCUCUUCUCUGUUCCCUCAGGGAGAGUGUGAAUUCACUCCAAAGCUUAUUUUUAUUUCUAUUUUUCAUUAUUGU